AUGAAUGAACCUUUUUAUGGAAAGCAAGGUGAUAUGAAUCUUGAUAAUGACCAUAAUAGAUUAAUGGACCAUGGGGUUAAUGGUAUAGGAGAUGAAGACAUCAUUAAUGAGGUUAAAGAAGGGGCUAUUGAAGAUGAAGAUAAUGAAAGAGGUCGAGAUAGGACUAACGGAGACGUUGAAGAUAUGAGACUUAGAGAUGAUAGGGAUGAUAGAGAUAACAGAGAUGAUAGGGAUGACAGAGAUGAUAGAGAAGAUAAAGAGGAGUUAUUCAAGAAGAAGUUUAUCAGACCACGUACCCAAUCAUUUCAAUCUGUUUUAUCAACAGCCUCAUUAAAGUCCUUACCAUCUCAAUUACCUAAGAGACAAGGAAGUACUAUACUGAAUUCUUCCAAGAAUUUCCAAAGUUUCAUCCAAGCACCAGUGUUAUCCAGUAUCAAUCAACCAGAGAUUGAAAUAGGUAAACAAUUACCGUUCGAACAGAACCAUCAAAUACCGUCUCAACCUCCAACUGAUGAUAAUGAACAGAAUGGAGAUGACAUGUAUAAUGAAGAUACCAUAAUCCAACAACAAAGAUUAACUUUGAAUGCAUUGAAGAAGUUAAGUUUAUCACCAUUACCGAAAAUAGAUCAAGAUUUAAAAAGGAAACAAAGUGCUGGUAGUAUUAUAACACCUGUGACAGCAAAAAAUGAUAUGGACGAUUCUAGGAAACAACCUUAUCAACCAGCAGAAGUAGACUUGUCAUCAUUUGCUAGUCUUACAAGACAACCUAAUCGAAUUGUUAAAUCAGAAGAAGUAUCACCUAAUAUUCCUCAGCCUCAAACUUUCCAAUCAUUUGAUUCGAAUUUACAAGCAGGAAGUACUUAUAGUAACGGCAGUAAUAAUACUAUCACCAAUAUGAGUGGUGUAAGCGAUGGAUGGAAAGAAGCAGCAUAUCAUCAAGAAGUACAAAAGAAUCAAUUGAAGAUACAGACGAAUUUUAAGAAUUCUUUAUUGAAUGAAUUAAAUGGAAGAAGGAAAUCUCCUUUAGUCAAUCAAAUUACACCUUCAACAACACAAUCCAUACCACCUAAUUUACCUUCUAGUUUACCAUCAAAUCCACCAUCAGAACCUUCAAUGCCACAAUCACAGCCACAAUUACUGAAUUCAACAAAUACCCAGAUUUCAGAAUUACAAAGUCAAUCCACAGGUUCUUUGAGAAGAUUCCACGAUCAAAAAAAUGGUGUUCAACAAAUAAAAAAUCUCAGGUCUCCGUUAUAUGUACCAGCAGUCCUUCGACAAACUGAUUCAUCAUCUUUAAGAUCUGUCGAUUCAAACAUGUCCAGCAGUUCAAUAGCAUCAACAGUCAAAUCAUAUUUACCAUUUACAUCAUUCAAAUCGUACGAACAUUAUCUUCGUCAACCCCCUACUCGAAAACAUUGGAUUAAAGAUGAAACAGUUUACCAAUGUAGUGAACCAUCAUGUGAUAAAGAGUUCAACUUCUUUGAAAGAAGACAUCAUUGUAGGAAAUGUGGGAAGAUUUAUUGUAAAGAACAUACAUCACAUUUCUUAUAUAUCAAUCAUUUAGCACAAUUCACUACUGGAGGAAGAGGUACUUUAUCUCGAGUAUGUGAUAAUUGUAUUGAAGAAUAUAAUGAAUUUGUCCAUAAUGAGUUCCAAUUACAAUCUGAUUAUUUCGGAUCAGCUGGUCAAAUUGGUACUCCUAAUCAAAUGACUCCAGGUCAAACUUCAGGACAACUGGAAACCAGUACUCCUGAAUUACAAAUAGAUUAUACCAAGAAUAAGCAUGUUAAUAAAAAAUAUUUGGAAGAGGAACAACCUGUUGGAAGUGUUCCUGCCAAUUGGAGUUGGAGUAGUUUUUAA